GCACUACGGGGAAAGGGGCGGAUGAGCAACCGAGGAGAGCCGAGGCUCGACGUACAUGUACGAAGCCGCGAGCUUCGAGCGCCGCGACAGCAACUUUGCAGUGCCGCCGCUACUCCGGUACCGCGUUUAGGUUGCCUCGACGACGACGACGACGACGACGACCACGACGACGACGCGACACAAAAAACCGCACGUACUUACACCAGCAAUUUAUAUUUUUUUCUAACUCUCAGAAGUUCACGUGGUGUUUCAUGGUCGCGAGUGAGCGAUUUCCCGGCGAUUCGCUUGGUGAUACUAUCAUAAGGAAUAAGUAAAUAAAUAAAACGAGAGGGAAAGCAAGAAAGGGAGAGCGUGCACGAAUAAGGGGUUGCUUAGUAAUUUGCGGUGCGCCGGGAAUUACCGAAUUUGGGAUUUCAUCCAGAAACACGUUUGUGUACACACACGUUCACGCACUCGCGUACACGCGAAAUCACUUACACGCAUGCACAUACACACGUACAGGAACGGGUACGCGCGCAUUCAUACGUAAGCACACUCAAGCGCAGGCAAAUAUGUGAUGUUGGGUCGCCAGUGGGCGCGUGAUAUACAGUGAAAGAGCGUGAGAGAGGGAGAGAGAGAGAGGGAGAGAGAGAAAACGAUCGCGCGCGGAAUACGGAAUACGGCGGACCGCUCGUUCGUUAGUUCGGUUCUCUUGUGAGCCGCGCGUGACAGCUCCAGACGCGGCCGAUAUUGUUGUCGGGUGUGCUGCUGUUGUUCCUCUGUGCCGCUUGUCUGGUCUAUCGGAUAUUUUAAAGGAAAGCGAAGGAGUCACAUCGAGAGCAUCGCUGCUUCUUCAUCUCGACGGUGGAUUGUGGCUGUACGAGGAAGAACCAUCGCGGUGGUGCAACAGAUUUGUUUUGGUGAUGAGCGGAAUCUUUUGGAAGAAAAAAUAGUUAGUGGCCAAAAGAAAGUGUCGAUGAGCUGUAAAUCGACGGUCAGUGUUGCUGGAUCUCGUCGCCAAGAUGAGACUGAAAUCGGCCCGGAGCUCGGACCAGAGCUCCUCCUAACUCGCAGUCUUGCCAAGGUUCAAAGCCACCCUGAAUACUCCUUGUGAGAACAAGAGAGGGCAAUCGUCAAGUGAAACAGAGUGAGAGACAUUGUUUCAGUGUUAGAUAUAGAUAUAUACCUUAUUCUCGCUCAGAUGUAGUUGUAGCUGUAGCUAGCAGUGUUGACAUCCUUAGUCUUCGAGGAGGUUUUCCUCUAUCGAGGCAGAGGGCAAAGGAGGAGGAUGUGUUUUUCAUCGGCUAAAGCAGGAAUGACGCAUCUCUUGCCUGGCUGAUUAUUGGAAUUCGACAUAGUAUUGAGUGCUUCAUUGAGCGUCAACGAGGAACUGCACCUAUGUUUUGACUUUGAGCCUGAACUUAGAGAUAAAAGGCUUCAUAGGCGCUGCUAGUUGGUUAGCCAGUAGUGUGAUUGUUUCAACCAUUUUACAAUAAGAAGAGCAGACUCGAGCAGAAUGCAGGUAGCAACAUUGUUCAGGGAGAGUGCCAAUUUGCUGGGCGCAUCCAGCAUGGAUACUCCACAAACUCAUCAUCAGAUGCAGCAACAGCAGCAGAUGCAACAGCAACAAUCUACCGAUAGUAUUUUCAACCAUCACAUGCAACACCAUUAUAAAAUGUCUUAUCCAUCGCCAGUGACAAAUGGGGUUCCAAAUGGUGCAACAAUGAACUGCUCAGGCGUGCUGGUGAAACAGGAGGCGAGGGACGACGGCUACGAGACCAGUCCCGACCUCGAGAUGAGAAGCACCGGCGGUGACAGCAGCCAACAGUACCACACACCGCUAACGCCACACACUCCUCACACGCCUCACACUCCUCACACGCCGCUGACGCCGAUAUCGGCUACGCAACACCAGCCUCAGCAACCGGGUUCCUCUGCCGCAACCCUUGGUCAGGUCUCGAUAAAGUGCGAGACGCCGGUGGAUCCUUAUUCGUUCGUCGACGAGGAGCUGACGAUGAGCGGCAUUAGAACGGCUAGUAGCCCUGGUGACAACCCGGAUGGCAUGACUUGUGGUGGCGCCCAACCGGGCCUCGUCACGCCUACCUCCACGCCACCCAACUCUAUGUGUUCGGUCCAGCAACAACAGCAACAGCAGCAACAGCACCAAAUGAAUCUGCAGAUGAUGAAUGGCGCUGUUAAUGCUCAGCUGGUGCAUCAACCGAAGAAACGCGGCAGAAAGAAGAAAUGCGAGAUGAUCCUUACGCCAGAGGAAGCCGAGCUGGCAGAGGCUAAGAAGCGAGCCAAGACAUACAAAGAGAGGAAGAAGCACGACAGGUUCGACGGAAUGCCGGAAGAGGAAGUCAGCAAGCGCGUACUUCCGGAUCACCUCACCGACGACCUCGACAUCAUCAUCAUUGGUAUCAAUCCUGGAUUAUUUGCAGCUUACAAAGGACACCACUACGCCGGACCUGGCAAUCACUUUUGGAAGUGUUUACACCUGAGCGGACUGACGCCUGAACCGAUGACAGCCGACGAUGACUACAAACUCUUACGUCUCGGAAUCGGUUUCACGAACAUGGUGGCGCGAGCCACUAAAGGCAGCGCUGACCUCACGCGAAAGGAGAUCAAAGAAGGAAGCCACAUACUUCUAGAAAAGUUACGAAAAUAUAAGCCUAAAAUAGCAGUUUUUAACGGAAAACUAAUUUACGAGGUAUUUUCUGGUAAGAAAGAAUUUGGAUUCGGAAGGCAACCUAAUCUUGUCGAAGGCACAAACACAUACAUGUGGGUAAUGCCGUCGAGCAGCGCGCGCUGCGCUCAAUUGCCGCGCGCUGCUGACAAAGUCCCGUACUACGCGGCUCUCAAGAAGUUCCGCGACUAUCUCAACGGUACCAUCUCACACCUCGACGAGUCGGAUAUCGUUUUCGCGGACUCGAAGCUGAAAAAACGGGAGCUCGAUGCCCUCGAGGACAAGAAGCCCAUAUUUGCGGACGAUCUGCUAGACGGUGAUGGCCGAUACAGCGAUGGUAUGCUGAUAAAGCAGGAGCCUGGUUUAAUACCGGGUAAGAAGAAACGGGGUCGCCCAAAAAAAAUAAAAAACCCCGAGGAAGCGCCGCCGCCCGAUCCGGAAAAAAUCGACGCCAACGGUGAGGUGAUAAAGAAACGCCGGGGACGCCCAAAAAAGAUCCACCAACAACAAAAACAAGCUGAACGGGAGGCCAAGGAGCGAGAGCAUCAUCAUCACCACCAUCAUCACCAUCACCACCAACAGCAGCAGCAGCAGCAUCACCAGCAGCACCCCCAUCAUCACCAGCAGCAGCAACAGCAGCAGCAACAACAUCAGCAACACCAUCCGCAUCAGCAGAUGCCACAUAUGGGCGAUGGCUACGGGAACGUGCCCAAUUGUUUUUCACCACCGAUGAUGUCGCCGCCCAAGCCCUUUUCACACAUGGCACCCUAUCCCCAACCGAUGAAUGACCCGAGCUACUAUGGCCAGGCCAUAUCCGACAGUCCAUAUAACGUCGGCACCACCAAGCAAAGCCCCGUUCAUCUGCAGCAUUACAGUCAGAGUCCCAAGUCCAUGUCGCUCUCCUUCACCCAUUCGGAUCUCUCUUCCGAGAUAAACACCGCCAUUUCGUCAGAAAACAACUUGGGCGAACCCUCGCCCCUAACCUCGCCCAGCGGUAUUGAGCACCCGGAUUUUGACGGCACGUCAUCCGGUAUGGCGCCACAACCGCCCCAGAGUUACAACCCCACGGCCGACCACGGUAGUCCCGGAGGUACGCCCUCCCACGCCGGCUACGGCAGUUACAUGGCUUAUCACGAGCAGGAGCAACAGCACCCACAUCAAGGCGCUCCGACACCCAUGAGUCAGACAACGGAUGAACAUUCGCAUCAUUCGCAUCCAACGCCGCCCCACAAUCACCAGCACACACCGACUCACUCUAUGUCGCCUCAUCCGCACGAGCAGUACGGUAUGAAGCGAUCUAGCGGUCAGGACGUGGCCUCCAAAAGCCUCAGCGACCUCGAGUCCCUAGUCGACCAAAUCCCCAGCAUAGCCGAGAGUGGGGGUCAACGACUGCAGCAGCAGCAGCAACAACAGCAACAGCAGCAACAGCAGCACGGACACCCUGGUAUGUCAGAGGACGGCCUCGGCGACAAGCUCGACGCCGGUCACCAGUCGUAUCUGUCGGGUUACGGGGCCGGGCCGGGCUCGGGGCCCGGGGGUCCCAACCCCAACUACAGUCCGCCUCUCACGGGUGCCCAACCGGGCGGCAUGUACGCCGACGGUUAUGGGACAAAUCCCGGCUACGGGAUGCCCGGACGGCAGCAGGAGGCCCAGCACAGCAAGUCUUACACGGUUGAGAACCUCGCUUCGAGCAACGGGUAUGCGUCCGGGGCAGGGAUGAGCCACCACGGCGGUUAUCCCAACGUGAUCCCGGGGCCGCACUACCCGGUGCCGAUGUCAGCGGCAGCGGCCGCAGCCGCCGCCGCCGCAGCCGCCGCCGCCGCUGCCGCCGGGGCCGGCCCCGCCAACGGCUACAUCUUCGGCGGCCUCGAAUCUAGUCUCAUGCAGCGCUCCUACACGGGCAUGACGUCCCACCACCAUCCGUCCCUCCACGGCCACCACCCCAUGACCAACCCCUAUCCCUACAACAACUCGUACUCGAGCUCCUUCGACGCCUACUCGGCGCCCUCGCCCUCGGCCGGAGGCGGCAUGCACGGCGGUGCCCAGGCCGGCUACCAGGCAUACAGUGCCGGAAGUCCCGGCACCUCCUCCACGCCGCCGUCCUAUUUGCAGCAGAGCGGCGGCAGCAGGCCGCCCGUUGACCUCGCCUACGAUGGUGUAUGAUAGUCACUUUAAGUGGGCUUCGGCGACAGUGGCACGAGAGCGGCACCGGCGUUGAAGGUCUGCGCGUGCGCGGUGUGCCAGUGCCCGGGAAGGGGCGAUCAGAGCCCGGAUAGCUCCUCGCUAGCCCGAGUUCUUUAGAAAAGAGCGCCUGGGCCGAUAAGGGCAGGCCGACGCAAGUAGCCGAUAAGAGAGAUCCUCUACUGCGACUGGGGGGGGGGGGGAUCGAGG